GAGAAUUUUCAUAAUUAAUUGAGAUGAUUUAAAGAAUAAUAAAGAUUUAUAGUUUUUGUAGCAAAAAUCAGAAUUAUCAUAAGAUUGUUGGAUCACUUCCAGGAAAAGACAAUAAAGACUUAAAAGAAAAUUUAGAAAAAUUCACAAGGAUUUAUUAAAAAGUAGAUUUAAGGUAAAUACAAAGAGAAUAGAUUGAGGAAUUAAGUAGAAAAUUUAUGUAGUAGAAUAUAGAGGCGAAAUAAAAUGGCUUGAUAUCUCAAGUUGAUUAGAAGGUAUUUAGAGAAAUUAUGAUAGGAAGUAGUAGGCUAGAAAAAUAGCAUUUAUUUAAAAAUGAUGGGUAUUUUUUUUGUGGGGAUGUUAAUAUAUUUGGGAAAGGAAACAUAUACGUUCUUGAAUAACCCAAGAAAUGUAUUAUUAUAUGAUGAGAGCACAGGAAAAACAUAUUAUACAACGAAAGAAGAGUUUGAGAAAAUUAGAGCAGAGGAAAAGAGAAACAAGGAAUACAAAGAGUUUAGAUUUAAGGUAUUAUCAAAGCAACAAGAAUCAAGAGAGUCCAAAAGAGGUACGGACUCAUUAUUAUGAUAAUUAUAUACAAACAAUUAAUUCAAUCUUGUGGAAUCAAUGUAAACAUCGAUGGUUAAACGUAUGAUGGAGUUUGAGG